AUGACCCCUCGGCCAGCGCUCAAGGUCAAGCACAAUCGACCUUUGUCUGCAGUUUGGAUCGGCAGCAGCGCUAGCACGAGUGCCAACAACCCCAACUCUAGUCAAUCUCCGCAACCGUCGUCAUCUUCUUCUUUCAUCCACGAUAACACACCCCCUGGUCUCCCAGACCUUCCGGAACCGCCUAGUCCGAGUUCUAGUAUCGGCUCACGAGACUCCGGGCUUCCAUCUCCGCCUGCGACGAAUUCCACGGGCAGCGAGAGUACGGGCGACGCGGGGAGUAUUGCCGUACGUCAACAACGGCCGUUGUCAUACACGAGCAAUAGCAGUGCGAGUACGAGUAGUGGGAGCCAUAAGACGACGCCGAGUGUGAGCUUGAAGGGCAGUAGCAUGGAUAUGGGCAGUCGACUGGUGGAUGAACGGCAACCUGAAGGGCAUGGAGAUUUUGACGAUGAUAAUGAGAAUGACUUGGAGGGAGAUGAUACGGAGAGAUUGGACAGAAGGGAUACUCUCAAGUGUUCCAGUGAGAAUGUUUUGGCGUUGCAAAGAGUUAAAAGUCUGACGGAGAGAAAUCGAAUGGCCCUUGACAAACUCUCCUCCAUUUCAAGGCUAAGCACUCCAUCGCCUUCUGGUCGCCGUGCACGAGCAGCGACGCCUGACUCUCGCUCUUCGGCCCCAUCACACGCUUCAUCUACCUCCUCCUCUCGCCUCUCCAAUCCACCUCGGCAGCUUCGUGCACUACCACCGCCACCACCAUUACAACGACGGGACACUCUUUCCGGUUCCGAGACUGAGCGCGAGUCCACUUCAAUGCAUUCCUACUCUUCAUCACAUCACCACUCUGCAUCGACCAGUUCCCACUCUUCUCGUCGUCCUAUCACGCCUCCCCCUCCGGGCGAUCCGAGCACCGCAGUAACUCCGUUUCGUCGUCAUCGUAACACAUCAGCGCCCGGAUCACCCGACAGAGCUCGCACCCUCAGUGCAGCGACGCUGUCCUCUGGUUCUAACCUAAGUAAUAGUCCCAGUCGAAGGCGGAAACGGACAUCGAUGGCGAAUAUGUCUUUUGACGAAGGGGAUUCUGCCAGAUAUGACACUAUAACCGGGACUGCUAGAGAACGGUCAAAAGAUACCGUCAGGGAUAUCACGGAGAGUGCUCUGGCGGCGGUUGCAUCGUCUAGACGAAGUCCGUUGGGCACUAGGAAGCGGGCUGCCCUGCCUAAAGAGUUUAGAGGAGAGACAAGGAUGACGGACGAUCAUGGUGGUGACCAGUCAAGAACGAACCACAGGAGGAGAGGGAGUUUGGAUGGUGGUGAUAAACGACGAGAAGGAAGGCUUUCUUUGGAGCCGAUGACACCAUAUAGAACAACGAACGGGGUCGGGCGUUCUUCCACUGUACGAGAACUACGGCGCAAUGGAGCGGGGACAGCUGGUCGAUGGGGAAGCGACGAUUAUCGGUCAAUCGUCUCUUCGUCUACGGCAGCUGUGAAUGAUGAUGCCCAAAAAGAGAGGAGGCAGAGCUUGCGUGGAGGGAGUGCUGAAAGUGCUUUGGGGUUAUGGAGUCCUGGGGGUAGGAGUCUGAUUGGAGAAGGGCUCAGGGCUGCUGGUUUGACGCGUAAGGAGGAGCACGCAGCAGAGGUGUUCAAAGAUCGGCGGGUUGAGUGGAGUCCCCAUGAUAUUGACGAUGAUGGUAGGCGAAGAGUUUUGGGUGGGGAGCGAGAGCGAGAGCGGCCACCGAGAGCUUCAACAUCAAUGGCCGACUAUCGUUACUCGGAGCACAAUGAGGAGCCACCAGGCCGCCCUGGUUUGAGAGGCCACCGGAGCACGUAUUCUCUGGUUGCACGGGACAAGGAACGUGACCUCUCGUUGAGCCACAGGGAACCUUCUUUGACAAGGACUGAGAGGGAACAGCUCGACCUCGACCGUGCAGCAUCUUCCCUCAGUCGUCACAGCGGCAGCAACAAUGUCACCCCUGCGCCACCACCUACCCCUUCUACGAACGUCGCGCCUGCCACUGCUACGCCUCAGCAUAUGCAGCAGGAGAGAUACGAGAGAUUCUCCACUGCCAGCCCGUUUGGAACAAAACGCUUUGGGCCUCCCACCCCGGUCCUUGGUGGUUCUUUCCAGCAAACGGAACAUACAAAGCUGAUGUUGGACAGUUUGACGAUGUUUGAGUCGCAUCUGGCCAAGAUCCCUCAUCUCCCUCCGUCUAGUGGGACGUCAUCAAGUGAUUUGGCACGGAAUGCUCAGAAUGUUGUGUAUGCUGCUGAGAGGCUCAAUGGGCUUUUGAGGCUUGGGACUAGUCGGGCGAUGGAAGCGCAGGUUGGUGCUGAGGUUGACGAUUCGACUGGCGUUGAUAAAGAGGUGGCAGAGGUAUGGAGGAGGGUGGGAGCCGAGUAUAGGGAAGGGGUGCGGGCUGCUGAUGAUCUUGUGCGAGGUGUCACUGGUUUCCUUCUUGGUAUGGGGAAGGUGGUGAGGGACUUUACGGCUAGUGAGCAGCAGCAUGGGUCCCCUUCUGUGCACGGCAGGAGUGUCAGUCUGAACGACGAGGAUCUCAGAGCUAGAGGGGCUGCUGGAAGCCCGGACGUUGCUGCGAGUACGAGCACGGGGAGUGGGAGACGGAGUGUGUUGGAUUCGAGGAAGAGUUGGGAGCCUAGGGAUAGGGAUAGGGAUAGGGAGGAGGCUUUGAGGAGACUUGGUGCUGGAAGAGCGGAGAGUUCCCUUGCGAGGUCUUCGCCCUUCCAAGCUACCAGGGACUUGGACACCAAGCAGUUUGAGACGCCUCCGCCUCAUGGUAGAGCUACGCAGUUGUCUAGUGCGGCUCCUCCGUCUGGGUCAGUCCGAAGGUUGUUCACCCCUCGUGAACAACGAGAACAUCAGAUGGACGCUGCUGCUGCCAAUGGUACUACUGGUCGUUUAGGCCCUUCAGACUCUCAAAGGACUUUAACUUCAUCUCAAGACUACGAACCUUCACCUACCCCGGCUUCGAGAACACGCGAUCAGCCUUUGGGUCGGAGUCGGACGUUGCCACCUUUGACGUUGCCCAAACCACUUGCUGUGCUUCCUUCUGAAUCAAGAAAAGCGAAUGUUCCCGUCAGCACGCCUGCAGAUAAAGGAUCUUCCGUCCGAGAUCGCGAGCGCAGGCCUAGGGUUUCGUUGGCGUCCAUAUCUACCGUCCGUGGUAGCGUGCCUACCUUUCCUGGUCUUACCACCCCAAGUAGUGCGACGACUGCAUUGACGGCACACACCGUGUCCACUAACUCGCCUGCGUCCCCGCUCGUCCGCACCGAUUCAAAUAAACCUGCCCGUUCGACGAUGACGUUUUCACGACCGUCUGCUGUUUCGGUAUCUGCGGCGCUUUCUGGGCUUCAGCAGCAGCAUCUUGAUGAUGAGCGGAAAAGGACGGUUUCGACGAGUGCGGAGGGCAAUAGUAUUUCUGAUAGUGCGGUUCAUCAUCAUCAUCCUUCGGCUCCGUUGUUGAAUAAGUCGAUUUCGACGUCUGCGGUUGAGAGGGAUAGGGAUAGGAGGAAGACGCUUGGGACUGCGAGGAAAACUUUUGAGGGUGAUGAUGAUGCUGGGACACUUUCGUAUGGGAGGGGUUCUACUGCGAAUGCUGCUGAUAGAAGUGCUGCGUCGACGAUUUUGCCGCAACAUGGAAAUGGAAAGAGGGAACGGAGGAGGACUGUUACGGAUAUUUGGCCGAGGCCGUGA